CGUCUCGACACGUCUUCCUAUCAAGCUGGCCUGUGGCAGCGCGUUCUUGAUCUCCAUUGACCCUGGAGAGCUGCGACAACCACACAGCUCGACGGCAACAAGCUCAGAUUUUACCUCCUUACAAGCCGUCCUCGUCGCGAUCGCAUUGGUGACGCGACCUCCUCCUCGACUCCAGGUGUCAUUGUUCACACCUUCUCGCCCCUGCUGUUGACCCUUAUGGCCGCGGCCACACUUACUACGAACCCUCAACCUCUUGCGACAACUUCCCACUCUCGUCAGAACCUCAAUCGACCUCCCUCAUUCUCUUCCACAGGUGGCGCAUACGAGGACCAAGAGCUGCCCCUUACUAGAGAAGUUCCGCAAAUGUCUUUCAGUAUGAGCCAGGGGUCCCAGGGCAACGGCUUGGUAAUGCAGCCAGGCACAUCCUUUCGACAGUACGAGGGGAAUAAUGGACUGAACCAGCGAAAUUCUGCGCCUCAGAUAUACUCGGCAAUAUACUCAGGAGUAGAUGUGUAUGAGAUGGAAGUCAAUGGCAUCGCAGUGAUGCGGAGGCGGAAGGAUAGCUGGCUCAAUGCAACGCAGAUUCUGAAAGUUGCUGGCAUUGAGAAGGGCAAGCGUACCAAGGUUUUGGAGAAAGAGAUUUUGAUAGGGGAACAUGAAAAGGUCCAAGGAGGAUAUGGAAAAUAUCAGGGUACCUGGAUCAAGUUUGAAAGGGGUCUUGAGUUCUGUCGUCAAUACGGCGUAGAGGAGUUAUUAAGACCUCUUUUGACGUACGAUAUGGGACAGGACGGCGGGAUUGCAGGAAGAGGUGGCAUUGACACACCCACAAAGGAGCAGGCCAUGGCCGCGCAACGCAAGCGUCUGUACAACUCGGGCGCUGACAACAGAAGCAACUCACAAUCCGGAACGUUCUUUAAGAACAUUUCAAGCACUGCAUCACAUGCAGUAGCAGCUAUUAGUAAAGCACGUUUCGAUUCGCCGGCACCACGCAUCAAAAACAGUGGUGCUCGCCCAGCAAGUUUUAGUCGACAAUCAUCUUCACAACAUCUUGGUUCUCAGGAGUCUGCUUUCCCCGGGGGGUCCCAGCAAAGCAUGCAGAGCUUUGCCUCAGGAGAGAGCUUUGUUAUGAACGGACAGGACUCAGCGUAUUCAACCCAAUCUGGACCUCAGUUUUCUCAGACUGGGAGAGAAGAGACACGCAACAGCGAAUUUGAAGAGCCUCCAAGAAAGAGGGUUCGACCUUCACCAGGUAUGGCUGAUUCUCAACAACAGUUGAAUGAAGAUUAUUACGGUAUGUCGUUACGAGAAGCGUCACCAACUGAGCCAAACGACUCAUUUGUCUAUCACCAAAACCACAACAUGUUGCAAGGGGAAGAAACUCCCGUCCCGCUCAUGCCCUUGACUAUGCCUCCCGGUCCAAAUGGAGAAAGGAAGAAGGAUCUUCUGAUGUCUCUCUUUGAAGACCCUAAUCGAACAGAUUUCAGCAAUCAUCCAGCCUUGCGCGAGCUUUCUCUCCAGGAACUCGAUAUGCCAGUUGACAAGAGCUCCAACACGGCUUUGCAUUGGGCAGCAACUCUUGCCCGCAUUCCACUCUUGAAGGCUCUCAUUGCGAGAGGCGCGAGUAUUUUCCGGGUUAAUCGUGUUGGAGAGAGUGCAUUGAUGCGCGCUGCUGUGGUCAUUAACAACUUUGACAAUGGCACAUUUCCCGAUCUUCUGGAGAUACUUGGACCGAUUAUCGAGUUUCGAGAUUCGCGGGGUCGAACUGUUCUACACCACAUCGCCAUCACAUCCGCCAUAAAGGGAAGAAGUCAGACUACCAAGUACUAUCUCGAGUCCCUUCUCGAGUUCGUCGUGCGCCAGGGCAGCUCCCCGAAUAGUCAGCAGUCUUUCACCAAUGGCCCUCCAGCACUAAAGUCAAUGGGCAUUGGCCGCUUCAUGUCGGAGAUAGUCAAUAUUCAAGAUAAUUCGGGCGACACUGCUCUGAACAUCGCUGCCAGAAUCGGCAAUCGAAGUAUCAUCUCUCAACUUCUCGAGGUCGGAGCUGAUAUCUCAAUCACCAACCGCUCCAACCUCUGUCCGAUCGAUUUUGGCAUUGGGGACCAGACUGACCCCGAAGGUCUUACGGUUGGAGGGUUUGGAGGCCCUGAGAGAUCGUUGGUCAAAGAUACCAGAGAGAGCAGUGGCGACAUCAUUGCUUCUAUCACGACCCUUCUUUCAGAGACUGAGAACGAGUUCAAUCGAGAGAUGAGUGCAAAACAAAGUCAGAUCGACGCAAUCCACGUUAGCCUCCGGGACGCCUCUGCCGCAUGCGGAAAAGAGCGUAGCCGUCUCGAUGCCUCGCGGUCACUUAUGAAGGAAAGCCAGGAGCGAAAGAACAGAAUAUCGAAUCUCAGGAGAGCUGCCGAAGAAGAGCGGGCCAGACUAAACCAAAUGCAACGGCAGUAUGGCCAAACGAUUGGGGAAGUCGAGACACAAUUAGGUGAUGCCGAUAAGGAUCUUGCUAUUCCUGCCGAAGCAGUGCCUGCGAAUAUCCUGUCAAAUAUCGACCCGAACAGUCAUCAACCUCCAGUCCUCGACGAAGCACAGCGUCAAGCAUUGAGCUCUUUACCCCCCACGCACGUUCUUCGUGCAAGAGUCAAUGCUUACAAGGCAGUCAACGAGGGCUUAGCAGAGAACGUUCAAGGUCUCCAGAGCAGAAGCUCAGAGCUUGCAGACAAAUACCGGGAGAUCAUCAGCCUAUGUACAAAUGUCGACGAGAGCAACGUAGACGGCUUCCUCGAUAGUUUGCUCCGUGCCGUGGAGAGUGAGCAGGAUGACGUGGAGCUCUCACGUGUCCGGGAGUUUUUGUCACGCGUUGAUGGUGUUUAGACAAGGUAGACAGGACCAGCUGCAUUUGCAUUCCAAAGGCGUUGCAUGGAUAAGGGCAGAGACUCAAUCGGUUUUGAGGGGUCUACACUUCUGCAUCUAGGGAACUGGCUUGGUGUUUUGUUAGGAAGAUGUCUCUAAAAGGGCUGAAUUGCAUGUCCGGUUAUAAUACCAAGGCAGAUACCAGGAAUGAAUAAAUCUCUUGCCAU